GAGCCCAAAUUCAAAUUGCCGAAGUGAAUAUUCCACGUCAGCACGUCUUAGCUGUCUCUUCUCCUCCUUUCUCUCACUCACCACCCCCAACAUAGCUGACUCUCUCUCUCUCUCUCUCUCUCUUGGUUUUGUGGGGGGGAAAGCCAAUUAAUUACGAAACAGCCACUGCUGCCACGCAAUACUCUCCAUGCACUCUCCCAGAUAUAACCUGUACAACAAACCCCCCAGCGAAGCCUCAUCUCGUGUAGAUGCCGUCGCGCAGAUCGGAGCUCUUCGCUCCGCCUUGUUUUAAGCCCUACGCAGCCUCACUCGACGCCGCCGCCGCCUCCUCCUCGGCCUCGAUGGACGCCUCCUCUUUCCCUCUCAUUGGCGACUACAUCGGCAUGGAGAGCUGCGUCGAUAUCGAGGAACCGCCCGAUCCCGGCGCUUCGACGGACGGCGGCGAUUUCCUCCGUGCGGAGCCCGAGCGCGACCGGGGGUGGCGGUGGGAGCCGAGGGGGAAGAGGAGGAGGGAGCGGGAGGAGAAGGAGUAUCCGCCGCCGAUUCCGCUGCUCGCGCGCACGGGGAACCUGCACUCGCACAUGCCGUGGGUCCUGAGGCGGCACUACACCGGCGACGGCCGGCUGAUCCUGACGGAGGAGAAGGUGAGGCACCACGAGUACUUCCGCGCCCGCCGCGCCAACGGCCGCCUCACCCUCCAGCUCGUCCCCCUCGACGGCGACAACCCUUGCUUCCCGACGGUCGCGGACGAGGAGGAAGAGCAGGAGGAGGAGGAGGAGGAGGAGAUUUUCAAUCCCGAGGCUGGCAUAACAACCGCCGAUGAUCUCGAGAAUCGCGUCGACGACGACGAUGAUUACCAGGGAAAAAUCGGCGAUCGCACUGGCGAGGAGGAGGACGAUUGCGCGAGGCUGGCGUCGUCGAUCGCGGAGUUGACGGUGGAGAGCGGCGGCGGCGGCGGGAUUGGAGGCAACGGGGCGGGGAAGUGCUCGAACUACAACGGCAUUAGCGUGAGUCCGGGCGCUCCUUGUAUAUUCGGAGUGCCGGUGCCGGCGCUCAGGCCAGUGCAUAGCUAGGAAGCGGAAAAAUCCCCCAAAUCGCAAGCUCCAUCGAUGAAGGAAUUCGAGUGAGUGAGGGAGGUUGGUGCAUCGUAGGGUACAGGUGAGUCCAGACUCCAGAGCAUUAGGCCACUGUUCUCUCCUUCGGCUUUUCAAUUUUUUCCCCCCCUUUUUGAUUUCUAUCAUUCAUCUUCAUCAUCAUCAUCAUCAUCAACCUCGUCAGUCGAUCCUUUGGAAUUUCCAUUUUCCGGGGCUGCGUUCGGAGAACAGAAUCCGCCAUCGCUCA